AUGAAUCGAUUCUCGGUUAGGACGUUGUCAGUUUCUCUGCUUCUCUUAUUCCUCUCUCACUCUGUCAACUGUGAUCCGCUCACAAAGGACGAGAAUGAGAAUCGACUGAAGACGUGUGGAAAAGCUAUUCAAUGUGAGUCCCUCGGACACUUUUUUGUUGCAACAACUUGAAAAACCUUUUCAGCAAAAGUGUACCAAGGGCGUGAAGCGGCUCAAUCGGAAGCCCCGUGGUCGGUGUUUGUGAAUGUGCUCGAGGGGUCGAGCGUGACCGUCUGCACGGGAACCGUCAUUUCGCCCCGCCACAUCCUCACCGCCACUCACUGCUUCACCACAAUCACCAACGAUGGAUGGGAUCAAAUCGAGGACGGCGGACGGGUUUUGACCGAAAAGAAGGGCACAAACUACGUGAUUUCCGCUAAAGAAUGGCUCAAGAAGGUGACGGUGAAGUCGAAUGGAAAGGUGAUCGCCGAGCGUCCGGAGAGACUCACCCUCAUUUCUGCCACGUCGAAGAGGGCCAUCGCGAGCGGGGAGAGUCCGAAUCAGCAUUACGAGGACAUGGCGCUGAUCGAUUUGUACGAAGAUGUGGUGUUCAGUGAGAACGUGCACGCCGCUUGUGUUUCCCGUGAGUCCCGAAAACUCUUAGGCCGGCAAAGUCUGGAAAUUGUGAAGCUGUAACUUCCUACAGAAACCUCACAUUUACCUGACUCAUUUCGAAGAACAACAGCGAUUUCUAUGUUCGAUUUCUGGAGAUACAUUGAAAAAAUCGCCGAGCUGAACUGUUUUCAGAAAGCGUCGACGAAAACAAGGAACAGACACAGUUGGAGAUCUUCGGAUUCGGACUGAAUCGUGAGCUCUCGCCCGCUCUUGACGAUUCCUAAACUAUGAUGAUUUUCCAGCGAAAACACUAGGUCCCGGCACCCAAACCGACAAUACCGGCAUUCUGAGACAUGAAAAGAUGCAAGUGUUCACAAUGAAUGUGAAACUGGAGCCCUUCAACUUUCUCGCCCACGAUCCGAACGGAACGACCAUCACUUGCUCGGUAAUCUGAAAAUAUUGAGGUGUGAAGGUUUUGAUUGAAUUGACAUUUCAGGGUGACAGUGGCGGUGGAGCAGUUUCGAAGAGUAACGGAAAGACGACAAUAGUCGGAGUCUUGUCCUCAAGUUUGUGAUCCUUUCCGAUCUGUUCAGUGCAUCUUCUCAUUCCAGCCAACUGCGCGUCUCCAAAACGUCCGAUACUUGCCGAACUCUACUCGUCCGUCGGCCACUUUUCCGGUCAAAUCUGUCAACUUUCGGGAGUGUGCGAAUCGGCCGAUUAUGAUAAGCACCACAGUGAAUACGUGAGACAACCGAAGCCGAUCCGAACAACCGAACCUCCGGCAGUGAGUCAAGGCAACAACGGCGGAUCGGGAACGGGAGAGACGGGGCAAACGAUCCCGGAUGGGAGCGAUUCAAAAGAUGAGAGUGGAGGACAGAAGGAUGUUGCAAACGGUGCGAAGAUCGGAGGAUAUCUCGGACGGAUUCCGAUUCUGCUCACUUUUCUGCUCUUUUUGUAA